UGUGCGCUGCCGGCGCUGCUCCGCUGCCCAGCCGAGCUCACGGGCAGCGCCCAUCCCAGCGCCACCGGAGCCCGCUGGCAGACGCGCCGCGCCCCCGCCGGAGAAGGAGCGAGGCCGUUCCCUGAGCAUCCUCGCAGCAUCAUGACUCUUCAGGCUGACUUUGAUGGUGCUGCAGAAGAUGUAAAAAAAUUGAAAACAAGACCAACUGAUGAAGAACUGAAGGAACUCUAUGGAUUCUACAAACAGGCUACUGUUGGAGAUAUUAAUAUUGAAUGUCCAGGAAUGCUAGAUUUGAAAGGCAAAGCCAAAUGGGAGGCAUGGAACCUGAAAAAAGGUUUGUCAAAGGAGGAUGCCAUGAGCGCCUAUAUCUCUAAAGCAAGAGCAAUGGUAGAAAAAUAUGGGAUCUAGAGUUACUUAAUCUUAAUCUAGAUUAAGUAAUUCCCACUAAUAAUUAACUGUUCAGCUAAUGAACUAACUCUGUUGAGAAAAAUGCAGUACUAACUCUUUAUUGUGUAGUCUGACACUAAUAUAUUUUAAGCAUAAGCUGUUUGACUGUAAAGGGUAUUUACAUAUAUAAUGCAUUUUUAGCUUGUAUAUUAAUCUAAAUAAAUUUGAACUGAAUAAAUUAAA